UUAAGAGCUCAUGCACCGCACAGAUAAAAAUAUAGAACCACUUCUUCUUUUGGCGCCCUAAAUUUCCUCGGCGAGCACUCUAUUUCUCCGACUUACCUCCGGUGACCGUGUUUUCUUCAGAAAACGAACGUAUAGGGGAGAGAUUAAAGAAGUACUUUCAGAAAAUGAGUUUCAGAAGUAGCCGGGAUGACUACAAGUUCCUUCAAAUAGUAGAUGCUAGGGCUGCACUCAACCAGAAAGUUAAUCUCAUCGGCGUCGUUAUCGAAACCGGUCUUCCCAAGCAAUCCAAGGGCACUGAUUGCUUUUGCUCCAUUAGGAUAAUUGAUGAGUCCUACCCAAGCCCAGGGAUUGCAAUUAAUUUUUUUGCCGAAACUAUGGACAAGCUUCCUCAAGUGCUGACUGUUGGUGAUAUAAUUCAGAUCUCUCAAGUUGUGAUGAAAACUCAUGGACCUGAUAUUUAUGCUUUGUUCAACAAGAAGUUCUCUUCAUUUGCAAUAUUUGACGGAAAGAAUAAUUCAAAUUUCCUCCCUUACCAAUGUUCUUCUAAGUAUCAUGCUAGAGAGCAAGACAAGAAAUUUAUACUGGGUUUGAUGAAGUGGUUGGUUGAUCACAAGAUUGAUACAGGUUUGACUGAUUUACAUUCGUUGAAAGAGAUCAGAGAAGGAGAACGUUUCAAUUUGAUCUGCAAGAUUGUUCACGUAUGUGAAGUUGAAAAAGACAAGUGGAUGCUUCUCGUGUGGGAUGGCACGGAUGCUCCACCAGUAACUAUCAAAACAAAGCUAGAAGAAGAAAUGGAAAACCCACUUCCGUUGCAGCCUGUGGACUUCACUUUGCAAAGAGAUAUUAUCUGUACCUUGCCACCACUUGGAACUGUCUUGAGGGUAACCGUUGAUCGUUGCAACGAGAAACUUGGCAUUAACUUUCUCAAGAGCAAUCGGUGGGUGAAACUAAUUAACAUCAGAUGUGAACUUCAUACAGCAUUGUGGCAUGCUGUCUUAAUGCCCUUUACUAGGGUUUGCUACUUAUCUGAUGAAGAUGACAUUGUUUUACAGCGCAUGAGCCAGUACGAUGAGCGUCGUAAAUCCAAAUGGGGAUGGAUGCCUUUGUCAAGCUUUCCUUGGCCAUCUGACAUAACAGAGACCGACUACCCUAAUGUACCUUUUGUCUCCUUGAUGAGAGCUCUGGCGAAUCCAAAGACCUUGUGGUCUGACCCUUCCCCGGACCCUGCGCAUAGUGGGAGUUUAGUGCACCGAGCUGCCCCUUUAUUUGAGCUGAGGGUCGGAAACAGCCUUUACCUUCACAAGGUCAUAGGUAAAUUCCACUGUGUAGUUCGAGUGGUUGCGGCAUUUCCUUGGCUAGCUGAAGAUUUCCGUUCCCCUUCUGGGGUUUAUAGGAUCAGGUUGACCCUAGAGGAUCCAACAGCAAGAAUCCAUGCAUAUUUGUAUAAAGAGGAUGCGGAACAGUUUUUUGAUGGCUACCACUCUGUUUAUGCAUUAACAAGAAAGAGGAAUUUGUUGCUUGGAACUUCUGAAGGCGAUGAUGGUAGUGAAAUGAAUGAUCAUUUCAGAAAUCCACCCUGGAUCAGGUGUUGCUUAAAGUCUUAUCAUAUCGAUGACGGCGAUGUCUGGGGAAGUAGGAACUUUCGAAUUUUUGCUACCACUCUGAAAGCAUAGGAGAUUGUCCAUUCUGUAUGCCUCCAGUGCUUUCAAUUAAUGUAUGUAUUUUGGCCUCUUCUGCAAAUGUAUUAAGGCAGUUGCUAGCAAGUAGCUUAGAAUGACCUAACCUAUUUUGCUUUUGUUUCUGUAAAUGUACUGCUAGCACAUAAUAGCUUUGCUUUUGAGUAGUAAAAGAAGCUUAAAGCUCCUUGCCAUGUCUUAA